AUGUCGACAGCAUCACCACUGGCACGAACGGCAAUUAACAACGACCACAUCAACGACGAUGGCUAUGGUUACAGUGCCAACGUAUUCCCUGGCAAGGAGGAUCAGAUGGUCCAAGUAUGUGCCCAUAUCGAACAAACCGGGUUUAUGCCCAAGGAUCUGAUUCAAAAUGAAGUCGCCUGGUUUUACGGAAACCUAGGUAUCGACGAUUUCUAUUUUGCCCUUGAGCCUGUGGAAACAAUUGCCAACCACGUCAUGGCACUGUACGGUGCUAAGAUGCUCGCAUUCACAAGAAACGAGAAUGCCUUGGAUAUCAAGUUAGAAAAGGAAGAAGAGGAUUCGUCUGUCUACAUCCACUCAUCAAGACCUGGUGUUACACAAUUGGAAGGUCCACAGAUUGAAAAGAAGAUCGAUGAAAAGUAUCUGGAUGGAUCGAUACCCGCCAAAGCUUAUCGCGUUGAGUCAUACCGAUCCAGUGGUACUGCAAAUGGCGUGACAUCGCAACUCCGCUCUUACUUUGUUACCAAGUGCCAGUUUGUCAAUCCCACCCCUUCCGCGGAAGAGCAAAUGGAUAUCAGACAAGUUGCGGACAAGAGCUUUUUGCGCAAGGCCACCGAUCAUACUUUGAGCGUCUAUGAACAAGUCAUGCGCAAUGUCCUUCAGCGCAGUGGUCCUGUUAUCGAAAUGUAUGAGGCUCAGGGCAAGCGCGAACGCCGUUUGAUCAUCGGUUACCGCCAGCGCAGCACUGUCGGUUUCUUCUCUGCCAUGUCUGACUUGUACCAUUACUAUAAUUUGUAUUCUGUCCGCAAAUAUGUCGAACAAUUCUCUAACGGUGUUACAAUCAUUGGUUUAUAUCUCAACCCUUUGCCCGGAUCUUCUUCUGUGCCUAUUGAGACUUCGAUCCACCAAGUCAUGAAGGAAACCUCUUUGAUCUACUGCUUGCCAUCUACUCCUUUCCAGUAUUUCUUCCAGAGCAGCCAGCUCUCCGUACAGGAAGCCGUGUACGGUUAUGUUGGAUGGAUCUUUGCUCAGCACUUUUUGAAUCGCUUGGGCAAGGAAUACUUGAGCUUGACAAAUAUUCUCGAUGCUCGCAACCCGAUUCACGAAGAAGUCCUUACCAAGAUGAAGAAGCGGUUGCGUCAAGACACCUUUACCCGUGAAUAUAUUUUAAAUAUCAUCAAGCGCUACCCAGACCUUAUCAAGCUCCUGUAUGCCAACUUUGCCACUGUCCAUUAUGUCAACCAGCGUGAGUCGUCGUUACAGCCUACCAUCUCGUACCAACGGCUGACCACGGUUGAGAACUUGAGCAACGAAGAGCUGAGCCACAAGAUCAAGCUUUUAACCUCAAAUGCACAUGAACAAUUGGUGUUUGAAGCAUUUUUGACCUUCAACAAGCAUGUCUUGAAGACCAACUUCUUCCAGCCCACCAAGGUUGCUUUGUCGUUCCGCCUGGAUCCAAACUUUUUGCCUGGGAUUGAAUACCCCACAAAGUUGUAUGGCAUGUUCUUGGUCGUAGGCUCGGAGUUCCGUGGCUUCCACUUGCGAUUCCGUGAUGUCGCCCGUGGUGGUAUCCGUAUCAUCCGCUCCCGCAACCGCGAAGCCUACUCGAUCAACCAGCGCACAUUGUUUGAUGAAAACUAUGCCCUGGCCGCCACCCAGCAACGCAAGAACAAGGAUAUUCCCGAAGGCGGAUCUAAGGGUACUAUUCUGUUGGAUAUCGAUCAACAAGACAAGCCACGCGAAGCAUUCGAAAAGUACGUCGACUCCAUUCUCGAUCUUUUGAUCGUCGGUCAAACGCCUGGUAUCAAGGAAAAGCUGGUCGACUUGAACGACAAGCAAGAAAUCCUGUUCUUUGGUCCCGACGAAGGUACUGCGGAUUACAUGGAUUGGGCCUCGCAACAAGCACGUCUUCGCAAUGCCAGCUUUUGGAAAGCUUUUACCACUGGUAAAAGCCAGUCAUUGGGCGGUAUUCCCCACGAUAUCUAUGGCAUGACCACACGCUCUGUACACCAGUAUGUGCUAGGUAUCUACCGCACGUUCGGCUUGAAGGAAGAAGAAUGUACCAAGUUGCAAACCGGUGGUCCUGAUGGUGAUUUGGGAUCGAACGAAAUUAAGAUCUCUAUGGACAAGACCAUUGCUAUCGUAGACGGAUCCGGUGUCCUGUACGAUCGUAAGGGCAUCAACCGACAGGAGCUUGAACGCUUGGCCAACGAACGUUUGAUGAUCGGCUCAUUCGACACCAGCCUCUUGUCAGACCAAAGUUUCCGCGUGCUGCUUGAGGACAACAACGUUCGUCUCUUCAACGGCCAGAUUGUUGAGAACGGCUUCCAAUUCCGCAACACUUUCCAUACCAAUCCUCUUGCCACUGCCACCGUGUUUGUUCCCUGCGGCGGCCGCCCUGAAUCCGUGGAUUUGUACAACGUGCAGAAGCUUGUCGACGAGGAUGGUGUGCCACUCUUCAAAUACAUUGUCGAAGGUGCUAACCUAUUCUUUACUCAAGAAGCCCGCUUACGUCUCGAGAAGCAAGGUGUUGUCAUUUUCAAGGAUGCUUCGGCUAACAAAGGUGGCGUCACUUCUUCGUCAUUGGAAGUCCUGGCAGCUUUGGCAUUCAAUGAUGCCGAGUUUGCCGAACACAUGUGCGUCAAGGACGGCCAAGCUCCCGCUUUUUACCAAGCAUAUGUCCAAGAAGUCCAGCAGAUCAUUGAGCGCAAUGCCCGCAUUGAAUUCGAGGCUCUGUGGCGCGAACACCAAAAAUCCAAUCUUCCCAUUUCGAUCCUCUCUGACGAACUUUCGACCUCUAUCGUACAGCUCAACGAGCAGCUCCAGAACACGACCUUGUGGGACAAUUUACAGUUGCGUGAAGCCGUGUUGAGCAGUGCAUUCCCCAAGUUGCUGUUGGACAAGCUUGGCCUCGAGACUCUUGUGAAGCGCGUGCCUGAGAGCUACGUCAAGGCCAUCUUUGGUGCCUACUUGGCUUCCCAGUUUGUCUACCGAUAUGGUAGCUCGCCCGAUCACUUUGCCUUCUUUGAAUUCAUGCGUGAAAAUUAUUACACUGAAGCCAACUAA